CCCGGUUUUUCUUUUACGAUUCUGCACAUCUUAUUCGUUCUUGAGGCAUGCACAUACAUUACAUGCUCGUCAUCUUAAUAGAGUAUAGACUAUGGAUUUUGAUUAGGGUUUAUCAUCAUGUUACUAGCGUGCCCACAAUAAUAAUGCAGGGAUUUAGGCCAAUUUCACUAUUGGGUUUUCGUCAUUAAGGGUUUUGGUGCCGAAUGUGAUUUCAUAAAGAUCUUGACCUUAAUCGGGUUUUGUGCCUGUUAAUCCUGAGAACUUUAAAAGCUUUGUUCGCACAAUUUUUUUUUUGCUGGUGCGAUUUACAUUUGUGAUCAUUUCAUUCCUACCCUAACCGGUGGAAUAAAAUUUUAACAGUACAAUAAAAUUUUGGGUGGGGUUUAAGGGUUGAGCUUGGAGAGAUGAACUCAGAUAUAAAUGAUGUUAGGCAUAGCUCUCUGCUUUGAUUAUCGUAAAUGGCAUUACAAAAUCCCUCUCUUUGCUUAGAUUUGUUUUGGGAAUCUUACUUUCCUUCAGCUUGAAAUUCCAUUAAGGAAGAAUUAAUUUCUUUAAUGCUGAUAAAGUACGAAUCUAUCUGAACUCAACAUAUUAACUUGGAAUCAUGCAGUAUUUUUGCAGUGCGAGUAUUAAUUCAAAUUUUCUUAAGAAAUAAUUCGCUAAGGAGUUAGUUGUCUUUUCAAAAUUCAUUCAUAAAUAAUGCCAAUUUUUUAAAUGAUGCUUAACUUAUUAAAUCCUGUUAUUUAUGAGACGAUUUUUGUCAUUGGGGGGCUUAAUCAGGAAAUUGUGGAUUCUCCUUCUAGUUUACAUUGAACAGAUUGAAGCAGGGGUUGGAUAUGCCGAAUCAGAAAGUUGGGUCGCCAACCCCUACAACCCGAGAGUCGGGGAGGGUAGUGGACCAUAUUAUGUUAUUUACACAGAGUUUAUGCUGUUAUUCUUAUUAUGAUUCAUUGCAUUUAAGUUUUUUUGGAUGAUGAUAAAAACUUAUUUUUGAACCAUUCUGCAUAAUGUAAUGUGUAACUGAUUUUAACUUGUUCACUUUUUAUUUUAUGAACUCGUUAAUGCCAUUGCCUUAUGAAGUCAUAGAAAGAAUCCAUAAACAAAAAUUUUAAUUGAUGAACUAAUAAAUUUUAAAUGUACGUGCUACUAGUUACUUUACAUGAAACUUCGUCAAGAAAUUUAAAUAUUCUUGAAUGAUAUUUAAUUGAAUAUUUGAAUUAAAUGCUGACCAAAUUGAGAUGCAUGUAUUAAUCUCGACUUUUAAGUAUUUGUGCUUCAUAUUUUUAACAUUAAUGAAUUUCUUAAAAAUUAAUUAUUAACAAUUAAAAAUGCUAUGACUAUGAGAUGUUUUAUUUUCUAGAGUGUAACGAUGUUUUCGUUAAAAAUGUUAUUCAUGGUCGAGUAUGUAUUUAGUCAUGGUUCACUAUGCAAGGUGUUGUCUCAGUUCUGUGUCUGAGAAUAGUUUACAGUUAUAUUAGAUGCGCUAUUUACUUUAUCUAUUGACUGAUUUGUCUUGAGGUCAUGCUCUGUUGUUAAUGGUUAUUCAGGAAUACAAUGAAGUGCCUUAAUUUUCUUUUGAAUUUCAAAUAAUCAUGCUACUCUUUGCUAGAAUUAGGGAUAUUAAGAAUAGACACUUAUGCACAUACAUGAGCACUGGAUAUUCAAUUCCUUAAUGCACUAUUAGGACUACAGAAAUUUGAUUCUUCUUCAAACCUACGAAUCUUUUUGGGAUAGUGUUAAACAUGCAUUAUUGGUAAGGUCAUUAUGUCCCUGAUUUUAGUAUGGACUGCAAUGGAGUAGCAAGACUAUCAUGGAGGUAAAUGGCAUUUUAAUUAACCUCUAGAAAUAUGUCAAUAGGUGAAACUAAUAAUUACGGAUUUAAUAUAAUUCUUGUUGAAGUUAAAGAGAAUGGGCGGUACUACCAAAAUUCUAAUUCCUAUGAAAACUAAAUGCGUUCUUGCCAAGGUAAUCAUGGUUCUUGUCUCCCUGAUUCUUCUAUGUUGUAGCAAGGUUAUUUGAACUUUGAUAGGAAAUAAGGCAUUUUGAUUUAUGCUCUGCUGAAUAGAUCUCAGAAACAUAUUAACAUCCAGAUUCCAGACAUAUACCUGUCAAUAGGUUAAAUGAAUAGUUGAGUCUGAUAAAUAAGCAUUAACAUUCUAGUCUGCAGUCAACAUUUUCCUUGAAAUGGUUAUACUAACACAGAUUGAAUGCUUCAUUGCUUCCAAUUUAUUAAUGUAAGAAUUUAAGAGGGAAACUUGAUAUGGUAAUUCUUUUUUUUUUUUUUGCUCUAUCAUGUUUAUAUCUCAUUAUUUGUAUUUUGAAAUCAUUGAAACUCCUAAAAUGGAUCUACAUAAACUCUUACUGUUUGUUAACUACUUUCUGUUUCUUGGAACUUUUGACUAAUCCAGAUGAGUUUUAGUUUUGUUUUCUUCUUGUCAAAAGGACAUAUAUGGUGUUUUUAUAAAUUCUACAACAUAUUGUCUGAACACAUAAAUUUUCUGUAAUAUCCUUCAAGGUGUGAGGGCGCUCCUUGGUGCAACUAAGAUUUCUGUAUUCUCAGAAGUAGAGUCUAGUUGUUGAAAGUAGUACCAUUUUCUGUGCGUGCAGUGCGGGAGUGGUGAGGUAAAGAGUCAUCAGGCAUAGCAUGCAAAUUAUCUUAUACAAAACUCUACCUUAGAAAUAGUCUCAUGGAAGUGCUUUGUUCUGGUGUUCAAUAUGCUGGGGAAUCUGAUUGCACUCAGCAGAGUUCGGGAACUGCUUUUGUAUAUCAAGAAGAAACUAAUUGUGCAGAAAGUGGUGGGCAAGACAAACUGGUAGCUGCUCGGCUGAAUGAAUCAUCACAUAAAAUGCAGGGACCUCAAAUAGAAAGGCAAGGUGGUUUGUCAACUAAUUCAGAUUGCCAAUGCAAUGGAGCUUCAUGUUGUGACUGUCAACUGGAUGAUCAAAAUGAAUAUUGUGGUUUCCAUGAUUUUGAAGAAGACAUUAUGAAUGAACCUUGUUUAACAUCUGACAACUCUAUCUCUGUUGUUGAUACAAUUGAAAGUGAAUCACCAAACAACAGUCGGGAAGGAGACUUGUCAUGUUCUGAACCCAAGUGGCUUGAGGGGGAUGGAUCAGUGGCAUUGUGGGUCAAGUGGAGGGGGAAGUGGCAGGCUGGUAUCCGGUGUGCAAGGGCUGACUGGCCGUUAUCAACGUUGAAAGCAAAACCAACACAUGAAAGAAAGAAAUACUUUGUUAUAUUCUUUCCACACACAAGGAUUUAUUCUUGGGCAGACAUGCUGCUCGUUAGAUCAAUUAAUGAGUUUCCCCAUCCCAUUGCAUAUAAGACUCAUCAGGUGGGACUCAAAAUGGUUAAAGACUUAACUGUUGCACGGCGGUUUAUUAUGCGAAAGCUAGUUGUUGGCAUGCUGAACAUGGUCGACCAGUUUCCUUUUAAUGCUUUGACAGAAACUGCUCGUGAUAUGAAGGUCUGGAAGGAGUUUGCCAUGGAGGCUUCUCGUUGUAAUGGUUAUUCUGAUUUUGGGAGAAUGCUUCUAAAGCUGCAUAGUAGCAUACUGCAGCACCAUAUAAAUGUUGACUGGUUACGGCACUCUUAUACCUCUUGGACUGAAAGAUGUCAGAGUGCAAAUAGUGCUGACUCAGUGGAGCUACUGAAGGAGGAAUUGUUUGAUUCUAUUUUGUGGAAUGGGAUCAAUACUCUCCCUGAUGCACCAGUGCAAUCAUCAUUAAGUUCUGAAUGGAAAACCUGGAAGCAUGAUGUAAUGAAAUGGUUUAUGACACCACCUUCCUUAUCGAUCAGCAAAGACACACAGCAACAGAGUUAUGAUGAUUUGUUCCGAGCAAACCUUCAGGUUUGUAGAAAAAGGGCCAAGCUUGAAGUUCGUCGUGCGGAUACACAUGCUUCACAAGUGGAAAUCAAGGCUCAAACUGUUGCUCUUCAGGCUGACCCUGGCUUCUUUAAGAAUCAGGGCAUAUUGAGCACAUUAGCAGAUGAGUCUUGCAAACAGGAAGGUGUUAGGGAGAUGUCUGUGGCAGCUGAUUCACCUGGUCAUUUGGUCGAUAAAUGGAAUGGAAUUGUAGUUGAGAAUACUGAUUCCCAUUUUUUGCAUACCAAAGAAUUAACACCUUCAAAGGAAACGAUUGUUGCGAAAUCUGUAGAAUUUGGUAGUAAGAAUCGACAAUGUAUAGCUUAUAUUGAAGCAAAGGGAAGACAGUGUGUGAGAUGGGCAAAUGACGGUGAUGUGUACUGUUGUGUACAUUUAUCUUCACGAUUUUUGGGGAGCUCAACGAAAUCUGAAAAACCUGUUCCACUUGAUACUCCUAUGUGUGAAGGUACUACUGUUCUGGGUACUAGAUGUAAGCAUCGUGCCCUACCUGGCUCUUUAUUCUGUAAGAAACACCGGCUACAUGCUGAAACAGAGCAGAUCUCAAAUAUACCGCAGAAUACACUAAAGAGAAAACAUGAAGAAAAUUAUACUGGUUCAGAGGGCAUUCUCUCGAGAGAAUUGGUAUUAGUCAAUGUUGAAAGUCCACUGCAAAUGGAUCCAGUGUCAUCCAUUGGUGGUGAUUCCCUACAUGGAGAAAACAACUCUAAUGAGAAGCCCAUGCAUUCUGAACAUGAUCAUAAUGCAAUGGAGUCACUGCAGUGUAUAGGUUCCCCUCCCUAUGAUAAGAUGAAUCCUUGCAGGGAAGGUCCUAAACGGUAUUGCUUGUAUUGCGAAAGUCACCUCCCUAGUUGGCUUAAGCGUGCAAGAAAUGGGAAGAGUAGAAUAGUAUCAAAAGAAGUGUUCACAGAACUUUUGAGGGACUGCAACUCAUGGGAGCAAAAGGUACAUCUGCAUAAAGCAUGUGAACUUUUUUACAGGCUUCUUAAAAGCAUUUUGUCAUUAAGAAACCCUGUUCCUAAGGAUGUCCAAUUUCAGUGGGCUCUGACUGAAGCUUCUAAAGAUUCUAGUGUAGGAGAGUUUUUUAAAAAAUUAGUUCACAGUGAAAAGGCCAGAAUCAAAUCAUUAUGGGGAUUCAAUGAUGACAUGGAUAUAUCUUCUGUUAUGGAAGAACCUCCUCUCUUGCCAUCCACAAACGAUGAUUACUAUGAUAAGGAAAAUGCCAUUAAGUGUAAGCUAUGCUCUGCAGAAUUUCCUGAUGACCAAGAGCUUGGUAACCAUUGGAUGGACAGUCAUAAAAAGGAGGCGCAGUGGCUAUUUAGAGGCUAUGCAUGUGCAAUUUGUCUGGAUUCAUUUACUAACAAGAAACUGUUGGAAACACAUGUUCAAGAGAGACACCAUGUGCAAUUUGUUGAACAAUGCAUGCUUCUCCAAUGCAUCCCUUGUGGGAGUCAUUUUGGAAAUACGGAACAAUUAUGGCAGCAUGUUUUAUCAGUUCAUCCUGUUGAUUUUAAACCAUCAAAAGCUCCUGAGCAGCAAACUUUAUCUACUGGUGAAGAUUCUCCAGUAAAACGUGAUCAGGGUAAUUCAGCCCCUUUGGAGAAUAAUUCUGAGAAUACAGGUGGUUUUCGGAAAUUUGUUUGCAGGUUUUGCGGGUUGAAAUUUGAUUUACUACCUGACCUAGGUCGACAUCACCAAGCUGCCCAUAUGGGGCCUAAUCUGGCCAGCAGUCGCCCUGCAAAGAGAGGAGUUCGAUAUUAUGCUUACAGAUUAAAAUCUGGCAGACUUAGCCGCCCCAGAUUUAAAAAAAGUUUGGCAGCAGCAUCAUACAGGCUUAGAAAUAAGGCUAAUGCUAAUUUAAAGCGAAGCAUUCAGGAAACAAAUUCACAUGGCACAGGGGGAAUAAUAGUACAACCUCAUGUUACUGAAACAACAAACAUUGGUAGAUUGGCUGAACAUCAAUGCUCAGCUGUUUCAAAGAUUUUGUUUUCAGAGAUUCAGAAGACGAAACCUCGUCCAAACCAUUUUGAUAUUUUAUCAAUUGCUCGCUCUGCUUGCUGCAAAGUUAGUCUUGUAGCGUCAUUGGAGGAGAAAUAUGGAAUUCUUCCUGAAAAGCUCUAUUUGAAGGCAGCAAAACUUUGCAGUGAGCAUAAUAUUUUGGUAAGUUGGCAUCAGGACGGUUUUAUUUGUCCUAGUGGUUGUAAUGUAUCAAAGGCUCAAGUUUUGCUCUCUCCUUUAGAGUCUCUUCCUAAUAGUUCUGUAAUGUCCAAAGCUGGGAAUUCAUCUGAUCCUACAAGUGACGAGUGGGAGGUGGAUGAAUUUCACUGCAUCAUCAAUUCACGAACUUUAAAGUUAGGUUCACUGCAAAAAGCUGUGGUCUUGUGUGAUGACAUUAGCUUUGGGAAGGAAUCAAUUCCAGUGAUUUGUGUGGUAGAUCAAGAACUUGUGCAUUCUCUUCCUAUCAAUGGCUGUAAUGGACAAAAUAUAAACCCUUCUAGGCCUUGGGAGAGCUUUACCUAUGUUACAAAGCCAAUGCUCGAUCAAUCCCUCAUUCUUGAUUCAGAGAGUCUGCAACUGGGAUGUGCCUGUCCAUACACCACCUGCUGUCCUGAAACAUGUGAUCAUGUUUACCUUUUUGGCAAUGACUAUGAUGAUGCAAAAGACAUAUUUGGGAAACCAAUGCGUGGCAGGUUCCCAUAUGAUGAGAAUGGUCGAAUAAUCCUGGAGGAAGGUUAUCUUGUCUACGAGUGUAAUCACAUGUGCAGAUGCAAUAAAUCCUGUCCAAAUAGAGUAUUGCAGAAUGGUGUACGAGUCAAAUUGGAAGUCUUUAAAACAGAGAAAAAGGGAUGGGCAGUAAGGGCUGGUGAAGCUAUUCUACGUGGCACAUUUGUGUGUGAAUACAUUGGAGAAGUUUUAGAUGUGAAAGAGGCACAUGAUAGGCGUAGAAGUUAUGGCACAGAGCAUUGCAGUUAUUUCUACGACAUUGAUGCUCGUGUUAAUGAUAUGAGCAGAUUGAUUGAAGGAGAGGCUCAGUAUGUAAUUGAUGCCACUAAAUUUGGAAAUGUUUCAAGAUUCAUCAAUCAUAGUUGCACCCCAAAUCUGGUCAAUCACCAAGUUCUUGUAGAGAGCAUGGAUUCUGAACGUGCACAUAUCGGUUUUUAUGCAAAUCGGGAUAUUGCUUUAGGUGAAGAGCUAACAUAUGACUAUCAGUACGAGCAUGUGCUUAGUGAAGGAUCUCCUUGUCUUUGCGAAUCCUUGAAGUGUAGGGGGCGCCUUUAUUAGAACCUGAAUCUGUGCAUUAUUACAACAAUAUUUUUAGAUUGUCAAUUUGGCAGACAAAUUAUAUGCUCAACAUAAAAGAUUCCAAUUUGGAACGGCCCAACCUGAAAGUAUUAAUUUGAUUUGACGUCUUCCAACAAAUGAGGAAAAAUCAAUCACCUGGGGCAGGCAACUUGUGAGGAAUCAUCUAUAAUUUACUCUGGCCGUCUCUGGUAAUUUGACAGGAUUCAAGUGAUUUUUGCAUUGAUUGCAAUGUACAAUCGUUCUGUAUCCCCUCUGGAAGAGUAGGCAUGUUUUUGAAGCUUAGUGCACAAUUGUUCCGUUUUCUCUUGCUUUAUUUUCCAACAUUUCACUCUAGUGCCUGAUCUCAUGAAAUAAUUUGGCAAUUCCUCAUUCCUUUUCUCCCUUCCUCACCCUUCCGCCAUCACCAAGAAAGGAAACCCCCAAAAGAAGUUCAGCGGAAAAAAAAUGUCUGUGGUCAAAGCUCUGGAUUGGCAAUUGCUAUUUUCUCCAUUUUUAUGACAUGGUUCUUAAUUUCUUUAGCAGUUUCAGGAUUGUAAAUAUUUUAGCGUUUUAACUUAUUCUCUUUUCCUUUUCAUUGCUAUGUAACUUAUUCAUAGAAAUAGAUUCCUUGUAAUUUGUGUCAUUUAAAUAUAAAUGUCUUAUUUGAUAUGAA